AUGGACACAAAGCCACCUGCCUGGCUGGAGUGCGAAUCUUUUUGCCCUUCGUGGUGGCCGCAGGAGUGUUACCACAGUAGGAGACUGACGGUGAACGCGUUUGUUGAUGGGACCAUCGCACCGGAUUGGGACGAUUUGGGCGGCGGUAGCGACCUAGCGGUAUUCAUCGACGAGUUGGGAGAAGGGGUGCACCUGUACGCUUACGUCACUGACCUGUACGACGCCGCCAAUGCCGCGAAAUGGGUGGAUUACGAUGGCGAUAUGCGGUGCGGUCGAUGCCGGCAGUCGGGCGUAUACGUGGUAGGGUCCGGUGGUAGGAGCGCCUUUGUUGAUUCGAGACUGGAGCGUUCACUCAGUCUGAUCAUGGAUGGCGACUGGACGAGUGUGGCCGGCUACCCGAACGUCAGAUUUCCUAAAAUGGCAGCUUGUUGCAGGGUGGGCAGCGCUCUUUCAUGUCUUUAUGCCGACAGCUCAUACGGCAUGUUGGGUAGGUGCAGUAGGACGCCGGCCGUACACGCUAUACGUACUAUGGCGUUAAGCCCCUACGAUAUUCCUAUGCACCCCGUUGAAAACUGUUUCUUCUCCUUGUUUCGGGAGUGCUGUGACGGGAACGGGUCAUCACUCGGGCCCUUGUACGCGGGGCAGAUUGUCGCCACCGGCAUACUUGACCCAGAUGAGCGGAAGCUAUGUUCCAUACUGGGUCGGAGAUGGCUUGCGGCUCGUGACGGGCAUAUACACAUAGUGGCUACUAAGGAGGAGGCGACGUACCGGGCGGAUCUUGCAGGUAAGUUUGGCGAUGAAGCAGUUGACAACUAA